AGUUUUAAAAGGUGUAAAGCAAAAUUAAUAGACUUGUUUUUCUAGUCUUAUUUUUAUGGAAACAAUAAGAUUGUGUCUGAGACAUUAAUAAAGUUCUAUUAAUUGUUUUUCUCAGAGUAUGGCAUUAUAUGUAGUAGAAUAUCAGACAUCCAUUAAUAAUUGUUAAUGUGUUUUUCGCUAGUGUAUUGUGAAAUUAUUUGUGCAGACAAUAGAUAAUAUUAAAUUUACAAAAGCAAAGACGGAGAAAUAAUUUUUAUACAAAAUUCAAAUUGAGUUCACAAAACUUUUGUCAAAGUAUGAAAUUGGAUCUGUGGAUUCAUUAAUGAAACUGUCAAGGUGUAGUGUUUCUUCAUUUUGAAUGAAUUUUGUAUAGACCAGAAUUUGGGAUUCAACUUUAUAUCAAACUGGAAUGGUUUGGUAUGGUAGUCUAAUAAUUCAGCACCGCUAAUCUAAAUAUUUCUACAGGUAUAUUUAAUUCGUAGAAUUCAAAAUGAGGCCUGGAUUGCAUGGGAAUUUACUGCGGAACAGUAGACAGAGGUCACACAGAUUAAAUAGCAAUAGACCUCAUACGUUUUCUCUAAGUAGAUUAUUGAUGAUGGUAUUUGUUGGAGCUAUAAUGUUUAUACCUGGAUUAACUCUCACUGUGAUAGGAUUACAAAAAGCAGCCAAGAAUGAAUUACAACCGGCAGAAAGAGUAAUGUACAAAGUAGUUGGACCAUCUCUGUGUGUACUAGGAUUAGGUACCUUAUUAGCAGCAGGUAUUUAUUAUUGUUGCUAUGCAGUAGGUGAUGAUGGCAGACGUAAAAAUAAUUCUCAUCAUGCAGCUUUGGUAAGCCAAGAAUCAGAGCGCCAUCAUCAUCACCAUCACCAUCACCAUGGCAACGGUGCUAGUUCAUCACAGCGUCGUCAUAGUAACACACCAUCUCGCACAGAGGAAGAUCAUGAAAACAGAGUGCCCUUAGCUUAUAUUGAUGAAGAUAUUUCAUCACCUACAAUUCAAAUUGACAAUGUUAGUGAUAAUCAGAAACUUCAACCUGGUCUAGAUAUACCUGAAGUUCGUAUUUCCCCAUGUUCUAGUUAUCAUGUGAUGAGAAUUAUUGUGUUAUGUACAGUGUUUGAACAAGGUAGAUUGUUAAAAGCUCAUAUUGAUAUUGUUUAUCCAAUAGGACAAUUCUGUCAAGUUAAUGUCAAGUAUAUGAUACAAAAUUAA